AAACCUUUCAUCUUCACUUAACAAAGGCCAUUUUGGGAAUCUGCUUUGGCUUUGCCCGUCACGUUGCAGAGUAGUAGUCGUAAAUGAGCACCACGUAUUGAAGUGCUUGCUUUUAGGUCAUCUCUAAAUUGAGUUCUACUCUUUGGGAUCUAUUAGUCUGGAAGCCUAUGUACUCCUAAUGACUUAAUGGGAAGUAAUGUGAUUUCAGCCCAAGUGCAGGACCACAAGGCUCUGUAUUUCUGAAACAAUUGUUUUGUUCACUUCUCCCGAUUCUCAGGGCUUUGUUUUGACCAAGGCAACGUUGAUCAUAACGUGCAACAGCUUUAGAAAUGUGAAAAUGGUUUUAAAAGCGAACAAAUGUUUUUGUGUAUACAGUAUGUACGUAUAAAUUGGUAUAAAUACCACUCUCCUCCCAAGGGAUACAAGAAGGAAAAGGAGUUCAUUGCAGCCCAGGGUCCGACGCCUACCACACUCCAUGACUUCUGGCGCAUGAUAUGGGAACAGCGCAUCACCACCAUAGUCAUGCUCACAAAUUGUGUUGAGAACGGACGGGUGAAAUGUGAGCACUACUGGCCCUUGGAUUACACACCCUGCACCUAUGAUGAUAUUACUGUAUCCGUUAUCACAGAAACCAUCCUCUCUGAUUGGACCAUCCGUGACUUCUGUAUCAAGCGGAUAAUCACGUCUGAAGUUCGUCACGCUAGGCAUUAUCACUACACAUCAUGGCCAGAUCAUGGAGUGCCACAAACCACAGACACCAUUCUUCAUUUCCGAGAUCUUGUCAGGGAGGACUUAGACAAAAUAAAGGAUAAUGGGCCAGUUCUGGUGCACUGCAGUGCUGGGGUGGGCCGGACAGGCACAUUUAUUUCUCUAGAUUCACUACUGUGCCAAGCCGAGGACCAAGGAGAGAUUGGUGUCUUUUCAUUUGUUGAAGAACUGAGAAGGAACCGUCCACUCAUGAUCCAGAAUGAGGACCAGUAUGUCUUCUUACACCAGUGUCUCCUGGAUGGGAUCCAGUCUGCUCCAAAGAAUGACAGGGUGAUCCUGGAGCAUCCUGCUGUCUAUGAAAACAUCUUGGCUAUGCAGGACUGUGAGGUCUCCCAGGUGUGAGAGGCUUGGCUACCUUCUGUAGCCGUGAUGGCAAACCUAUGGCA